UGCAGCAGCAGCCCCACCGGGGGCUUCGUGGAUGCCAGUGUGCUGGUGAGGCAGAUCAGCUUGAGCCCGUCCACGGGCGGGCACUUCGUGUUCCAGGAGGGCUCGGGCCUCGCCCAGAUGGCCCAGGGAGCCCCAGUCCCGCUGCAGCAUACAGGGACUCCCAUUGCGAUGCGAGAACGGAGACUGUCCCAGCCCCACGGGCAGCCCGGGGGGACCGUGCACCACCUGGGACCCCAGAGCCCCGCGGCCUCGGGCGGAGCUGGCCUGCCGCCCUUGGCCAGCCCCGGCCACAUCACCACUGCCAGCCUGCCGCCCCAGAUCAGCAGCAUCAUCCAGGGGCAGCUGGUCCAGCAGCAGCAGCAGCAGCAGCAGGUGCUGCAGGGGCCACCACUGACCCGGCCUCUGCUGCCCGGGGUUGGGGGGGCUUCGGCGUUCGGGAUGACAUCCCCGCCGCCCCCCAGCAGCCCUUCCAGAACCUCGGUGCCCCCGGGUCUCUCCAGCCUUCCCCUCUCGUGCUCGGGGAGCAGGAAGACACCCAAGAAGCUGGAGGAGAUCCCCCCAGCCUCCCCAGAGCUGGCCCAGAUGCGGAAGCAAUGCCUGGACUCUCACCUCCGGGAGAUGGAGGCUUUGAGGGAGGCCUUCAAGGAGUACCUGAUCGAGCUGUUCUUCCUGCAACACCUGCAAGGGAACAUGAUGGAUUUCCUGGCUUUCAAGAAGAAACACUACGCCCCGUUACAAGCUUAUCUCCGGCAGAACGAUCUGGACCUGGAGGAGGAGGAGGAGGAGGAAGAGGAGGAGGAAGAGAAGUCUGAGGUUAUCAACGAUGAGCAGCAAGCCCUCGCUGGGACCCUGGUGGCAGGGGCUGGCAGUGCGAUAGAGACGGACCCCUUUAAGAGGCAGCAGGCGGGACCCCCGGCAGAGCAGUCUAAGCGGCCUCGGCUUGACGUGGGUCACCAAGGGCUGGUUUUCCAGCCCCCAGGGGUGAACACAGGCGUUCCGCUCCAGCAGUUAAUGCCGACAGUCCAAGGAGGGAUGCCUCCCGCCCCUCAGGCCGCCCAACUGGCCGGACAGAAGCCAAGCCAGCAGCAGUAUGACCCGUCCACGGGGCCUCUAGCCCAGCAGCCCAACCCCCCAAUCCCCGUGCCCCCUCCCAGCCAGCUCCCUGUGCCCCCGCAGGCCACACAGCCGGCCCUGCUCGCCCCAGUGCCCGGGAAGGCACAGAUGCAGGCCCCUCUGCCGCCGUCCCAGCCGCAGUCCUCCGCAGCCAGCAAGGCUCUGUCUCCAGUCACCUCCCGGUCCCCAGGGGCAGCCGUGUCAGCCCCCCCAAAACCACAGAGCCCAGCUCAGAAUGCGGCUGCACCCCAAGACGGUUCUCAGGACAAGCUGGCGGAGCAGAUGGCACUGGAAAACCAGAUCCAUCAGCGGAUAGCCGAGCUGAGAAAGGAAGGCCUGUGGUCCCUGAGGCGGCUGCCCAAGCUGCAGGAGGCCCCGCGUCCCCGUGCGCACUGGGACUACCUGCUGGAGGAGAUGCAGUGGAUGGCCACCGACUUCGCCCAGGAGCGGCGGUGGAAGGUGGCUGCUGCCAAGAAGCUCGUCAGGACAGUGGUGCGUCAUCACGAAGAGAAGAAGCUGCGAGAAGAAAGGGGCAAGAAAGAGGAGCAGAGCCGGCUCAGGCGGAUCGCUGCCUCGGCUGCCAGGGAGAUAGAGUAUUUCUGGUCCAAUAUCGAGCAGGUUGUGGAAAUCAAACUACAAGUGGAAUUAGCGGAGAAGAGGAAGAAGGCCUUGCGUCUACAGAAAGUUUCCAGGAGAGGAAAGGAGCCGAGACCCAAGGGCCCCGAGGUGCUGCUGGAAAGUGUUCUGGACCCGGGAGCAGCCGGCAGGAAACGGAAAGCGAGCACAGCCCUCACUGAUGACGAAGUGGAAGACGAGGAGGAGACGAUUGCAGAGGAGGAGGCGAACGAAGGGGCUGUGGACCACCAGUCAGAGCUGUCUAACCUCGCCAAGGAAGCUGAGCUGCCCCUCAUCGACCUGAUGAAGCUGUAUGAGGGGGCCUUUCUGCCGAGCUCCCAGUGGCCCCAGCCUCAGCCCGGCGGCGAGGAGACGAGUGAGGAAGAAGAGGUGGAAGACGGCCCCGGCGACCAGGAGGGCCGCAAGGACGUGGUGCUCAUCGACUCGCUGUUCAUCAUGGACCAGUUCAAAGCCGCCGAGAGAAUGGGCGUCGGGAAGCCUCACACAAAGGACAUCGCAGAAGUGACCGCCGUGAGGACGAGAGGCUCCCUGCUCCCACAGAGCAGCGCUCACGGUCCGUCCCCGCAGGUGAAGCUGAGUGCCCCGCCCCUGCUGCACGGCGCGCUCAGGGAGUACCAGGAGAUCGGCCUGGACUGGCUGGCCAAGCUCUACCGCAAGAACCUCAAUGGCAUCCUGGCGGACGAUGCCGGGCUGGGGAAGACGGUGCAGAUCAUUGCCUUCUUUGCCCACCUCGCUUGCAACGAAGGCAACUGGGGCCCUCACCUGGUCGUCGUGAGGAGCUAUAACAUCCUCAAGUGGGAGCUCGAGCUGAAGCGCUGGUGUCCUGGGCUCAAGACCCUCGUAUAUGUUGGCAGCCACCGAGAACUCAAAGCAAAGAGACAGGGAUGGACCGAGCCCAACAGCUUCCACGUCUGCAUCACGUCCUACAAGCAGUUCUUCCGGGGCUACGCGGCCCUCACGCGGGUGCGCUGGCGGUGCCUGGUCAUCGACGAGAUGCAGCGCGUCAAGGGCUUGAGCGAGCGGCACUGGGAGGCAGUGUUCACCCUGCAGAGCCAGCAGCGCCUGCUCCUGAUCGAUGCGCCGCUGCACAACACCUUCCUGGAGCUGUGGACCAUGGUGCACUUCCUCAUCCCGGGCCUCUCGCGGCCCUACCUGCACGUCCCCCUGCAGGCCCCCACCGAGGAGAACCAGGACUACUACCACAAGGUGGUCAUCCGCCUGCACAGGGUGACCCAGCCGUUCAUUCUGAGGAGGACCAAGAGGGACACGGAGAGGCAGCUGACCAAGCGGUACGAGCACGUGCUCAAGUGUCGCCUGUCCAGCCGGCAGAGAGCCUUGUACGAGGACGUCAUCCUGCAGCCGGGGACCCAGGAGACGCUGAAGGGCGGGCACUUUGUGGACGUGCUGAGCAUCCUGCUGAGGCUGCAGCGCAUCUGUAACCAUCCGGGGCUGGUGGAGCCCCGGCUCCCGCAGUCCUCGUUUGCGGCCCGGCCGCUGCAGCUCCGCUUGGCUUCCCUCGUGCUGAAGGCGCUCGACAGGGAUGCCUGGACGGAAGCGGAUCUCUCUGUGUUCGACCUCAUCGGCUUAGAAAACACAAUGACCCGCCACGAGGCUGAACUGCUGCGCAAGAGGAGGGUGUCGCGGAAGCUCAUGGAGGAGCUCUUCACCGCCCCGCCCCCGCCCGGCCGGCCCCCCGCGGUCCGACUGAAGCCCAGCAGGUUGUUCCAGCCUGUGCAGUACGGCCAGAAGCCCGAGGGCCGCAUGGUGGCUUUCCCCAGCACACACCCGCCCCGGACGGCCACCUCCACAGCGGCCACGGCCACGCCCCAGGGCCACGUGCGAGGACGGCCGCCCAUCGCCACGUUCUCUGCCAACCCGGAUGCCAAAGCGGCCGCGGCCCCCCAGGCUCCCACCGGUGCUCCGAGACCCCAGGCCACCUCGACCUGCAGCACAGCUCCUAGCCCAGCCCAUCCUGCGAAACUGCGGGCUCAGACCGCGCCCCAGGCCUCCGCCCUGGGCCCGUCCCAGCCCCAGCCCCAGGCCCCCUCGCACCCGGCCGGGCAGAGCACGCUGCCUCAGGGGCUGCUGCUCACCUCGCAGGCCCAGGCGCGCCUGCCUAGCGGGGAGGUGGUCAAAAUAGCACAGCUGGCGUCGCUCGCAGGACCGCCGAGCCGCGUGGCCCAGCCAGAGACCCCGGUGACGCUGCAGUUCCAAGGGAACAAGUUCACCUUGUCCCACAGCCAGCUGCGGCAGCUCACCGCCGGCCAGCCCCUGCAGCUGCAAGGCAGCGUCCUUCAGAUCGUGUCCGCCCCCGGGCAGUCCUACCUGCGACCGCCAGGCCCCAUGGUGAUGCAGACCGUGUCUCAGGCGGGUGCCCUGAGCGCCCUGGGAAGCAAGCCCCCGACCAGCGGCCCCGGCCCCGCUCCCGUGGCCCCACCAGUUGGUGUGCCUGGUCGAGUGGCGGUCAACCCCCUGACUGUGGGAGAAUCCGGCCUGGCCCCCAAACCAGCGUCUCCCAUCGGGGGGCCUACCCAGGAGGACAAGGCCCGGCUCCUGAGAGAGCGGCUGGACCAGGUCCACUCUGUCAAUGAGCGGCGCUGCUCCCGCGCCCCCAUCUACGGGGCAGACCUGCUGGCGGCUUGUUCCCUGGCCUGCGGAGAACGGGGCUUGGGGCCCGGGGCUCUGGGGAGCAGGCAUGGGAAGGGGGCCCGGCCAGCGAGUGUCUGCACGUCACCUUCAAACCGUCACAGGGACCUGAUUUUGACGCUGACUCAACGUCAAGAGUCCCUCCAGGAUCUUAUCGACAGGGUGGCCUGUGUGGUCCCGUCGGUGGUGGCCUCGCCCCCAACCCUGUGGGUGUCGCGGCCGCCUGCCCUCUACAGCCACAGGAUGAGGAUCUUCCGGCACCGCCUGCAGGAGCACGCGGCACCCUACGCCCCGCAGCUGCAGCGGGUGACCGCCCCGCGCUCGCUGCAGUUCCCCGAGCUGAGGCUGGUCCAGCUGGACUCAGGAAAGCUGGAGGCCCUGGCGAUGCUGCUGAAGAAGCUGCAAUUGGAACGACGCCGGGUGCUGAUCAUGUCGCAGAUGGUCCUCAUGCUGGACAUCUUGGAGAUGUUCCUGGACUUCCACUUCGUCACCUACAUCCGCAUCGACGAGAACGCCAACAGCGAGCAGCAGCAGGAGCUGGUGAAGAGCUUCAACAGAGACAGGCGCAUCUUCUGUGUCAUCCUCUCCACGCGCAGCCGCUCGUCAGGGGUGAGCCUGAUGGAGGCCGACGCGGUGGUGUUCUACGACCACGACCUGAACCCGGUGCUGGACGCCCGGGCCCAGAACUGGUGCGACAGGAUCGGGAGGCGCAAGGACGUGCAUGUGUACAGGCUUGUGAGUGCCAAUUGCAUUGAAGAGAAACUUUUGAAGAAUGGAACCAAGGAUCUGAUCCGAGAAGUGGCUGCUCAGGGAAACGACUACUCCAUGGCGUUCCUGACACAGCGCACCAUCCAGGAGCUGUUUGAGGUGUGCGUUCCCCUGGAGGAGCCUGUCUUCCCCGUGACGGCCGAGGAGUUUGUGGUCCUUCCCCAGGAGCCCACUGUCACGGAGACCAUCGCACCCAAGAUCGCACGGCCUUUCAUCGAGGCCCUGAAGAGCAUCGAGUGUCUGGAGGGAGACACACAGGAGCCCGCAGGGGAGGCCGUGCCUGGGUCACCGGACCCUGACGGCUUGAGGGACCAGGAGCCCUCGCAGCUGGAGGAGUUGGCCGACUUCAUGGAACAGCUCACCCCAAUUGAAAAAUAUGCCUUGAAUUACCUGGAACUGUUCCAUUCUUCCAUCGAUCACGAAAAAGAGAGGAACGGUGAGGACGCCGUGCUGACUGCAGUGAGCGCCUGGGAGGCCCAGAACCUGCGGGCGCUGCAGGAGCAGGAGGCCCGGGCGCUGCAGGAGCAGGAGCAGGAGCAGCUGCUCACCUACACCCGGGAGGACGCCUACAACGCGGAAUACAUCUACGAAGGAGCGGACGGGCAGACGGAAGUCAUGCCGCUCUGGACCCCACCCACGCCGCCCCAGGACGACAACGACAUCUACAUUGACUCGGUCAUGUGUCUCAUGUACGAGACCACGCCCAUCCCCGAGUCCAAGCUGCCCCCCGUGUACGUGAGAAAGGAGCGCCGGCGGCACAGGACGGACCCCUCAGGUGUGCCCCGUGGGCCGUGCUCCCCUCGCGCCGCGUCGUGUCCCGAGCAGAGGAGCCUGGCGUGCAGGCCAGUGGGCAGGGAGUCCCACGUGUCCAUCCGCGCCCUGCCCACGUGUCCGUCCGCGCCCCUUCCACACGUGUCCAUCCGCGCCCCUUCCCAUGUGUCCGUCCACGCCCUGCCCACGCGGGGGGAUUCCCCGCCUCCUUGUGCUGACCAUGCCCGCCUGGCCCUCUAGGCCGUGAAGCAGUUGCUGGAGCUGCCUCUGAGCCUCGCCAUCGUGUCCCCGGCCCACACGCCCAACUGGGACCUGGUCAGCGACGUCGUCAACUCCUGCAGCCGCACCUACCGCUCCUCCAAGCAGUGCCGCAGCCGCUAUGAGAGCGUGCUCAUCCCCAGGGAGGAGGGCAAGAGCAAGAACAACCGUCCUCUGCGCACGGGCCAGAUUUACGCCCAGGACGAGAACGCCACGCACACCCAGCUGUACACGAGCCACUUCGACCUGAUGAAGAUGACCGCCGGCAAGAGGAGCCCCCCCAUCAAGCCCCUGCUUGGCAUGAACCCCUUCCAGAAAAACCCCAAGCACGCGUCCGUGCUGGCAGAAAGUGGCAUCAACUACGACAAGCCCCUGCCUCCUAUCCAGGUUGCGUCUCUCCGUGCCGAGCGAAUCGCCAAAGAGAAGAAGGCGUUGGCCGACCAGCAGAAGGCACAGCAACCACCACCUCUGCCCCAGCCCCCAGCGGCCGCCGGCAGCCAGCAGCCCUCGGGGCCGCCCGCCGUGCAGCCCCCGGCCCAGGCGCAGCCUCCAGCACAGCCUGUGCAGCCCCCACAGAAGGCACCCCCUGCGAUCACUACGGUGGGCAGUGCCGCCGUGCUGGCCGGAGCCAUCAAGACGCCGGUGACGGGGACAAGCAUGCCAGCAGGCACAGUGAGCGGAAACGUGAUCGUGAACACCAUCGCGGGUGUCCCUGCCGCCACCUUCCAGUCCAUUAACAAGCGCCUGGCCUCGCCCGUGGCGCCUGGAGCCCUGACGAGCUCCGGAGGCUCGACACCGGCCCAGGUGGUCCACACCCAGCCCCGAGCAGUGGGCUCCCCGGCCACGUCUGACCUGGUGUCCCUGGCGCCGACGCAGGGCGUUCGUGCGGUCACCUCCGUGACGGCCUCGGCCGUGGUCACCACCAGCCUGGCUGCCGUGCAGGCCCCAGCCCGGUCUUUGGUGACGCAGGUGUCCCAAGCCACAGGCGUGCAGCUCCCGGGGAAGACCCUCACGCCCGCACACUUCCAGCUCCUCCGGCAGCAGCAGCAGCAGCAGCAGCAGCCGCCGCCGCCGCCUCCACCGCCCUCCCAGGCGCAGGUCCCGCAGCUCCAGGGCCAGGCCCAGUCGCCCGCACAGAUCAAAGCUGUCAGCAAGCUGACCCCGGAACACCUGAUCAAAAUGCAGAAGCAGAAGCUGCAGCUGCCCCAGCAGGCCCCCCCGCCACAGGCCCCACCCGCCACCGUCACCGCCUCGCGGCCUGGGGCCCUGCUCACGGGCACCACCGUGGCCAACCUCCAGGUGGCCCGGCUCACGCGGGUCCCCACGUCGCAGCUGCAGGCGCAAGGCCAGAUGCAGGCACAGGCGCCCCCUCCGGCCCAGGUAAAACCAGGGGCCCUGGCGAAGCCUCCGGUGGUGUCCGUGCCCGCGGCCGUGGUCUCCUCGCCAGGCGUCACGACCCUGCCCAUGAACGUUGCUGGGAUCAGUGUGGCCAUCGGGCAGCCGCAGAAAGCCACAGGACAGACCGUGGUGGCCCAGCCCGUGCACGUGCAGCAGCUGCUGAAGCUCAAGCAGCAGGCUGUGCAGCAGCAGAAGGCCAUCCAGCCGCAGGCCGCCCCAGGCCCGGCCGCCGUCCAGCAGAAGAUCACCGCUCAGCAGAUUGCGCAGGGCCAGCCACAGAAGGUCGCCUACGCCGCCCAGCCAGCCCUGAAAACCCAGUUUCUCAGCACACCCAUCUCCCAGGCGCAGAAGCUGGCCGCGACGCAGCAGGUGCAGACCCAGAUCCAGGUGGCCAAGCUCCCUCAGGUCGUGCAGCAGCAGAGCCCGGUGGCCGGCCUCCCACAGGUCGCCUCCGCCUCCCAGCAGGCUUCCCCGCAGACGGUGACGCUCACCCAGGCGGCGGCAGCGGGGCCGCAGGUCCAGGUGAUCCCCGCAGUGACCGCGGCCGCCCAGGCCGUCCAGCAGAAGCUCCUGCAGCAGCAGGUGGUGACCACGGCGGCGGCCCAGCUGCAGACCCCGGGCGUUCCCACCCCCACACAGGUGCCGGCCAGCGCUGACAGCCCCAACCAGCAGCCCAAGCUACAGAUGCGCGUCCCUGCCGUCCGGUUAAAGACGCCCACCAAGCCUCCGUGCCCCUAGUCAGGAAAGCGGGUGCCUCCGGCCCUCACCGAGCAGGGCCCCAUGGGGCCAGAAGGGCAGGGCUGCGUCCUGUGGAACUGGGGGCCGUGUCCUGUGGGGUCCAGCCCGACGCUGCGGCGAGGGGAGCCGCCUGUGCAGCGCUCUCGGGCCGCAGCUUCUCCAGGUCCUUCCACCUUCCAGGGCCUCCAGGGCCGCACAUCACGGGGCGACUCAGACCCGUGAGUCAUAAACACGGUCUCGGGCAGCGCAGCGUCGGGCUCUAUGUGGUUCUUUAGACCCAACGCAAAACGCAUCCUGGUCCUUGGAGGAGAGGCCACCUGAGGUCAGUCAGCUCAGAUCCGGGCGGCCAGGGUGGCUGCUUCCUCCUCAGAGUGACUUCUGGGACCUUCCCAGGAGCCAUCUGGCCCUCGUGCCAUCGAGGCAGCUCUGCGUACCAGCUGGCGUGGAGGGAGGGACAACGCUGGGGUUGGACUUUCAUUCCACAGAGCAGCCGGUGUGACUCUUUUCCAUGCAGAUGGCGCCUUCCGGCCGCUCCCCGUCCCCACGCACCUCGGUCCUUCCCGGCUUUCGGACUUGGCGCCGAGGCGGCUCCAGGAGCUGAGCCCUGGUCUACAUUGGUCGGGCCCAGGCCGGUGUCACAGCCGUGCGUGCGCGUGUGCGUG